GCCAGGAAAUCAUAAGUAUUUGAUCUUACUCAAAAUGUGCAAAGAAGAAUAAUGGAAGCCCCUGAAUAUCUUGAUUUGGAUGAAAUUGACUUUAGUGAUGACAUAUCUUAUUCAGUCACAUCACUCAAGACCAUCCCAGAGCUGUGCCGAAGAUGUGACUCGCAAAAUGAAGACAGAUCAGUUUCUAGCUCUAGCUGGAAUUGUGGAGUCUCAACUCUUAUUACAAACGCACAAAAGCCCACAGGAAUUGCUGAGGUAUACAGUAAAUUUCGCCCAGUGAAGCGAGUUUCCCCACUCAAACAUCAGCCAGAGACUCUAGAGAACAAUGAAAGUGAUGACCAAAAGAACCAUAAAGUGGAGUACCCCAAGGUGGGUGAGUCUGACCAGGGCCCCCCACCUGAGGAGCUUGGCCCUGAAGAUGGAGUGGGAGGCUUGCCCAGUAAGAGCUCUGAGUCCAGCACUGCACUGGGCGAACUGGAACAUUACGACCUCGACAUGGAUGAGAUUCUGGAUGUGCCUUACAUUAAAUCCAGUCAACAGCUUGCCUCUUUUACCAAGGUGACUUCAGAAAAAAGAAUUUUGGGUUUAUGCACAACCAUCAAUGGCCUUUCUGGCAAAGCCUCCUCUACAGGAAGCACUGAGAACUCACCAUCCAGUACGACCCCAUUCUGUGUUCUUUCUCCUGUGAAAAGCCCUCACUUGAGAAAAGCAUCAACUGUCCUCCGCGACCAGCACAAGCUCUCCACUGAAGAGUCUGAGAGCUCACCUCCUCUGGUUACAUGUGGCUCUGCAUAUGAGCCAGAAAUCCAGAAUAAAGACUUCUUAAACAAGGCCUUUAGUGACCUGCAUAGCCGAAAGAUUGAGAAGACAAUGCCGGACUGUCAGCUCCGGGGCUUCCACCUGCAAUCUGCAGAAACAGAAUCCAAACUGGAAGAGCCGGUCAAGGGCAUGAGCUGGACCAGCUCCCAAGGCCCAGAAGAAAGGAGUGAGUAUCUGAAAAAAGUAAAAAGCAUCUUGAACAUCGUGAAAGAAGGACAAAUAUCUCUCUUGCCACAUCUAGCUGCAGACAAUCUAGACAAAAUUCAUGAUGAAAAUGGAAACAACCUGUUACACAUCGCUGCAUCGCAGGGACACGCAGAAUGUCUCCAGCACCUCACUUCUUUGAUGGGGGAAGAUUGCCUCAAUGAGCGGAAUACCGAGAAAUUGACACCAGCAGGCCUGGCCAUCAAGAAUGGUCAGUUGGAGUGUGUACGCUGGAUGGUGAGUGAAACAGAAGCUAUUGCCGAACUGAGUUGUUCCAAGGAUUUUCCAAGCCUUAUUCAUUAUGCAGGCUGCUAUGGCCAGGAGAAGAUUCUGUUGUGGCUUCUUCAGUUCAUGCAAGAACAAGGUAUCUCGCUGGAUGAAGUGGACCAGGAUGGCAACAGUGCUGUUCACGUCGCCUCACAGCAUGGCUACCUCGGGUGCAUCCAGACCCUGGUGGAGUAUGGAGCAAACGUCACCAUGCAGAAUCACGCUGGGGAAAAGCCCUCCCAGAGCGCUGAACGUCAGGGGCACACCCUGUGCUCCCGGUACCUGGUGGUGGUCGAGACCUGCAUGUCACUAGCCUCACAGGUGGUAAAGUUAACCAAGCAGCUAAAGGAACAGACAAUGGAGCGAGUCACACUGCAGAACCAACUCCAGCAACUUCUAGAAGCCCAGAAAUCAGAGGGCAAGUCUCUCCCUUCCUCACCCAGCUCACCCUCCUCACCAGCUUCCAGAAAGCCCCAGUGGAAAUCUUCAGACGCUGAAGAUGAGUCUACAGCCAAAAGCAAACCAGGAGUCCAAGAAGGGAUUCAGGUCCUUGGAAACCUGUCAGCAUCCAGCCGAGCUAGGGCCAAAGCAAAAGACGAAGAUUCUGAUAAAAUCCUGCGCCAGUUAUUGGGAAAAGAAAUCUCAGAGAACGUUUGUACCCAAGAAAAGCUGUCUUUGGAAUUCCAGGAUGCUCAGACGUCCUCUAGAAACUUGAAAAAGAUCCCUCUAGAGAAGAGGGAACUCAAGUUAGCCAGGCUGAGGCAGCUGAUGCAGAGGUCACUGAGUGAGUCUGACACAGACUCCAACAACUCUGAGGAUCCCAAGAACACCCCUGUGCGAAAGGCUGACAGGCCCCGGCCGCAGCCCAUUGUGGAGAGCGUGGAGAGUAUAGACAGCGCAGAAAGCUUACACCUGAUGAUAAAGAAGCACUCCUUGGCAUCAGGACGCAGGUUUCCUUUUAGUACCAAGGCCUCUAAAUCCCUAGAGGGCCAUAGCCCAUCUCCCACCUCAGAGAGCAGCGAACCAGACUUGGAACCCCAGUGUCCAGUCUCGGGGAACACUCCUCCAAGCCAGCCCUCUGGAGAGCCCACUCAGUGCAGCCCUGACAGCACUGCGGCCCAGAAGGUCGCCAUGAGUCCCAAGAGCGCCCUCAAGUCUCCCUCUUCCAAACGCCGGACAGCUCAGAACUUGAAACUCAGAGUUACCUUUGAGGAGCCUGUGGUGCAGAUGGAGCAAACUAACCUCGAACUGAAUGGAGAAAAAGACAAAGAUAAGGGCAGGACCCUUCAGCGGACCUCCACAAGUAGUGAAUCAGGGGAACAACUGAAAAGGCCUUUUGGAACCUUUCGGUCCAUCAUGGAGACGCUGAGUGGCAACCAGAACAAUAAUAACAACUAUCAGGCAGCCACCCAGCUGAAGACCUCUACGUUGCCCUUAACCUCACUUGGAAGGAAGAUGACAGAUGCCAAGGGAAACCCUGCGAGUUCUGCUAGCAAAGGAAAGAAUAAGGCAGAGAUGUACAGCAGCUGCAUCCAUCUUUCCUCUAACACGCUGAUUGAAGAGCAUCUGCGUAACUAUGCACGACAUAAUGACAUCAAUAGAACAGUGAAGAAAUCUUACAGCAUAAAGCACAUUGCUGAGCCAGAGUCAAAAGAACUCUUUUUGUAAAGCCCUUUUCUAUUCUCUCUCACUGAUGCCCUUUGGACACCAUUGGAAAUUACUGGACUAUCCUCUGUGGAAACAGAACCACAAGAACAAUGCCUCACCAGCCGAAGAACAGAAUAUCAGGAUGCCUUAAAUUUAUAUUAGACUAUGUCAUAUACAUUUUUGGGUGAUAUCUGCAUAUAUAUAUAUAUAUCUUGUUUUUCACAAGAUGCUGUUUAAAAGCAUGACUGUUUUUAACAUAUGUAUGUUUUUAAUGUUGGAUUGGCACCCCGUGCACAGGACAUUCACCAAGCCACUGACACUGUCUUGGAUUUCAACAGUUGCAUGAGUAUUCGCUAAUGUUGGUUGAACUUCCCUUCUCCCUUAACAUGGGCAGUGUUGGCUCUGUUCCUCAAUGAGACCAGGUCAGUGGUAUUGUUUUCUGUCACGAGUGUUUUUUCUGUCAUUUCUACUUUUUGUAUAAAGGAAAGAAAAAAAAACAAUGUUAACAGCCACCUAUAAGCUUGGGGCACCAACUUUCU